GCCGAACAGCCAGUAAUCUACGCUACCCGAAAGACAGCCUUCAUUUGUUACUGUACUCGAGGAGGCGGGCCGUAGCGCGUGAUUCUGAAGCCGAGGAAUCCGAUUUCAUCGGCAAAUGAUCAGAGUCCAAGCCAGUCUGUUCGGAAUCCUCAGCGCACGACUAAAAAUCAGCAACUUUCUCCAAUUCCCUUCUUGAGCUGGGGGCGACCUCAUAUUCCCAUCCACCUUCGCUCCUCCUACUUCUCCGUCGCCAAUCGCACACCAAAAAUGGAGGAACCCCACAUCGAGAGGAUGGCGGCUCCACCGGUGAGGAAGGGAUCGCUGAUUAUGCAGCCGAUACAUUGGUUCAGAAUGUUAGGUGAGGAACUCCAUUGGAGUCUCGUGAUGGGGGUUAUCGUGGUUUAUGGGAUUAGUCAGGGUUUUGGAGUUGGGCUCGUCCGAGUUAGUACACAGUACUACAUGAAGGAUGAUCAAAAGCUACUACCCUCUGAAGCUCAGCUCUUUUUUGGCCUCCUUCAGCUACCUUGGAUAGUCAAGCCUUUGUGGGGUCUCCUCACUGAUACUCUCCCUGUUCUUGGCUACCGCAGGCGCCCCUAUUUCAUUUUCGCAGGUUGUUUUACUGCUAUAUCAAUGCUGGCGGUGUCACUGCAGCCACACUUGUCGCUUGGAUAUGCCAUGCUUUUUCUGAUGUCAGGAAGUACUGGGAUGGCGAUUUCGGAUGUUACUAUUGAUGCCUGUGUAACGCAGAACAGUGUAACUCACCCAGCUCUUGCUGGUGAUAUGCAAAGCUUGUGUGGGCUCUCUGCCUCUAUCGGGUCUCUGGUCGGCUUCUCACUCAGUGGCUUCCUGGUUCACCUGGUUGGACCUACGGGUGUGUUUGGGUUUCUGAGUUUUCCAGCAGGCCUAGUCGUUUUGGUUGGGAUGUUGUUACGCGAAGGCAAUUUACAGCGAUCUGUUCACAGAGGGGUACAUGAGAAGUUCGUGGAUGCUGGUAAAGCAAUGUGGAGAACACUAAAAUGUCGAGAAGUGUGGAGACCAUGCUUAUUUAUGUUCUUAUCCAUCUGUGUUAGCUUACAUGUCCAUGAAGGAAUGUUUUACUGGUAUACUGAUGCAGAGGGAGGUCCAUCUUUCUCACAGGAAAUUGUUGGAUCAAUAUUCUCAUUUGGUGCAAUUGGCUCUCUCUCAGGGGUCCUAAUCUACCAAAAUUUUCUGAAGAACCAUCCCCUUCGCGACAUAGUUUUUUGGUCUCAGCUAUUAUUCAGUCUAUCUGGGUUGCUCGACUUGAUGUUGGUUCUUCGUAUUAACUUGAAAAUCGGUUUCCCUGAUUAUUUCUUUGUUGUAAUCGAUGAAGCUGUUUCUCGUAUGAUUGGGAGGGUCAAGUGGAUGCCUCUUCUUGUACUUAGUUCCAAGCUUUGCCCUCCUGGUAUAGAGGGCACCUUCUUUGCACUUCUCAUGUCAAUUGAUCAUAUCGGUCUUCUCUUCUCUACAUGGCUAGGAGGUCUACUCUUGCAUAUGUUGAAUGUCACCAGGACACAGUUUGACAACCUUUGGUUUGCCCUUUUGAUCCGAAGCAUGAUGAGGCUGCUCCCUGUUGCUCUAUUAUUCCUUAUCCCGAGGGCUGAUCCCAAUUUGUCAGUUCUUCCGGCAGAGAUGUUGAAGAUGAAAAAGGGUGAUGAUGACCAGAAGAAUACUGAGAUGGCUUCCCUUAUUGAUGGCAGUUGAAGUAGGGAAGAAUACUGACUCAUUUGCUUAGAGAUCACAGUUAAUGCAGGCCCCUUUACAAUGCCAGGGACCCCCAGACAUUAAAGCUGGAACCCUCUGGUAUGACCCAAAACACCUUUUCUCGGCAUCUUCCAGUGUGAUACAUGAUCAAUCGACUUGGGGAAUGACAUGGUUUUAUCAUAUAUUCUGUAUUCCAAAUUGUUGUUGCCAUAGUAGGGAGAAUGUCCAGUAUAGAGUUCAACUGCAUUAGUCAAUAUAGAAUCUGCGAAUCCUGCACAAUUCCUUGGAACCUGAUUUUUUGGUUCCUGUUGUAAGUUGUAUAACUUUUGGAUUCCAGAUCACUACUGCUCAUGUACUGAGCAAUAUAUAUACACUUGACAC